ACAUAAAUUACUUACGGUAUUUACAGAGAUGAGUUCGGAGAUUGCUCACGGGCAGGAUCGUCUGAUCGCAUCCUGUGCUUCACUCUGGUUUCGUACGUUAGCUUUCACCGUUUUUUGCCCCCAAGGGCGGCGCAACGAUCAUUUAUCUGGGUACCUGUAAAUGCUCCAACAUGGUAAAGAAACAGAAAGAAUUUCUGUCUACAAAAGAGGAGCGUACAGUGUUGGCCAUUGGAGAAAUAAUACAAGCAUUGCUAGCAGCCCAUCAUGAAAACAGGGAUAUUGAUUUAAACAAAUUAAAAACUAGAAUUUCAUCUAAAUAUGCUCUUCAGACAUCACCGCGACUUGUUGAUAUUAUUGCAGCUGUACCUGUUGAUGCUAGAAAGACACUUUUGCCAAAAUUAAAAGCAAAACCGAUUAGAACCGCAAGUGGAAUCGCUGUCGUAGCUGUAAUGUGUAAACCACAUAGAUGCCCUCAUAUAAACAUGACUGGGAACAUAUGUGUCUAUUGUCCUGGAGGUCCAGAUUCAGACUUCGAGUAUUCUACUCAAUCUUAUACUGGAUAUGAGCCAACAUCUAUGAGAGCAAUUCGUGCUCGUUACAAUCCAUUUUUGCAAACAAGACAUCGUGUUGAACAGCUAAAGCAAUUAGGACACAGUGUGGAUAAAGUUGAAUUUAUUGUAAUGGGUGGAACCUUUAUGUCUCUCCCUGAAGAUUAUAGGGAUUAUUUUAUUCGAAAUUUACAUGAUGCACUUUCUGGUCAUGUAAGUAAUAAUGUAGACGAGGCAGUGAUAUAUUCAGAGCGCAGUCGAACUAAAUGCAUUGGUAUUACAAUUGAAACACGACCUGAUUAUUGUCUCAAACGACAUCUUUCUGAUAUGUUACGCUAUGGGUGCACGCGUCUUGAAAUAGGAGUACAAUCGGUAUUUGAGGAUGUUGCACGGGACACAAAUAGAGGACACACUGUAAAAGCAGUAUGUGAAACUUUUUGCCUAUCGAAAGAUGCUGGGUUUAAAGUAAUUGCCCAUAUGAUGCCAGACUUACCAAACGUUGACAUAGAGCGUGACAUUGAACAGUUUGUGGAAUUCUUUGAGAAUCCUGCAUUUAGAGCCGAUGGUUUAAAAAUCUAUCCCACCUUGGUAAUUCGUGGUACAGGAUUAUACGAACUAUGGAAGACAGGAAGGUAUAAAAGCUAUCCACCAAGCACUCUUGUGGAUCUCAUUGCCCACAUUCUUGCUUUGAUACCUCCUUGGACUCGAGUAUACAGAGUGCAACGUGACAUACCUAUGCCUCUAGUCAGUUCAGGAGUUGAACAUGGAAAUUUGCGUGAAUUGGCAUUGGCCAGAAUGAAAGAGCUAGGUACAGAAUGUCGUGAUGUAAGAACUCGAGAAGUCGGUAUACAAGAAAUCCAUCAGAAGAUUCGCCCUUACGAAAUUGAACUCAUACGUCGAGACUAUGUUGCAAAUAAUGGCUGGGAAACCUUCCUAUCCUAUGAAGAUCCAACCCAGGAUAUUUUAGUUGGUUUACUACGACUUAGGAAAUGUUCUACCGACACAUUCAGAGAGGAGUUGCAAGGAAAAUGUUCAAUGGUAAGGGAACUGCAUGUUUAUGGAAGUGUGGUGCCGGUGAAUGCCCGUGACCCAACAAAAUUUCAACAUCAAGGUUUUGGAAUAUUACUAAUGGAAGAAGCAGAACGUAUUGCCAGAGUAGAACAUAGCUCUCAUAAAAUCGCAGUUAUUUCUGGUGUUGGAACUCGAAAUUAUUAUAGAAAACUGGGAUAUGAAUUAGAUGGUCCGUAUAUGUCUAAAAUGCUAGUUGAAUCAGAAAGUAUACAACAUAUGUAAUGUAAGUUCAAUAAAACCUUUUUUUAUUGACA